ACGCGAACCUGUGACUGCACAGAAUUUGUGCAGAGAUUUCAGAAUGCGCCUUGCUGUUGGUGGUCGUUGAUGGUGGGGGGUGAACAGCUGUAGGAGGGGCUUUGUCAGAUGAGGACGGCAUUAGGUAAGGCCAUUAGUGUCCUGUGGAUUAUUGUAAUCCAACCUCUCUAUCAUUGCUGGCUUGGUUGCUCAUUCAGCAGUCGUUCUUGUUGGUUUGGAGAAGACUGGAAGAUGGCUCUCAUCAUGAAGCGUUUCCCUCUGGCUCUGCUUCUUCUGGGAGUGAACGUGUUCAUCAGUAUCAAUGCUCAAGAGGCAGGAGUGUCGGAGGCGUGGACCAGCAGGUCCUGUAAAUGUGACUGCGAAGGAGCAGAGACCCCGACUGAAUUUUCCACCAUCGGCUCUGGAUCCACGAUGCGAGGAGUAGACUGCAUGCCUGAGUGUCCAUACCACAGACCCCUGGGCUUUGAGGCCGGAUCAGUGAGUCCAGAGCAGAUCACCUGCUCCAACCAGGACCAGUACACCGGUUGGUUCUCGUCUUGGCUCCCCAGCAGAGCUCGUCUCAACACUCAGGGCUUUGGGUGUGCCUGGUUGUCUAAGUUCCAGGACAACAAUCAGUGGCUGCAGAUCGACCUGCGGGAGGUGAUGGUGGUGUCAGGAAUCCUCACUCAGGGCCGCUGUGACGCUGACGAGUGGGUCACCAAGUACAGCAUCCAGUAUCGCUCAGACGAGAAACUCAACUGGAUCUAUUACAAAGACCAGACCGGGAACAACAGGGUGUUUUAUGGAAACUCCGACCGCUCCUCAUCGGUGCAGAACCUCCUGAGGCCGCCCAUCGUGGCUCGCUUCAUCCGCAUCCUGCCUCUUGGAUGGCACACACGCAUCGCUCUGCGUCUGGAGCUGCUGCUCUGCAUGAACAAAUGCAUGUGAACGUCUCUUCCCUGCGUCCUCCAGGCCUUGUCCCUAAACUUCAUCUCUCCUUAAAGCCCUGUCGUUAAGAGUGUGUGGUCUGUUGUUUAAUCCCACAUUUUUCCCUCUAGCGAACCACAAAAAUAUUCAGUUUGAACAUGUUCACAUUAAGAGUUAAGAUAUUUGUUUGAUAUGCAAAAUGAGCCUCCAUUCACUCCACUCUCCAUUGUCUGUGUUGAACCAGUCUCACACGAGGGGCUUUAAUUUACUGAGUUCUCAAUGGAUUGGCCCAUUUUAAAUGAAAUGGCAUAAAUUCAAAGCAGUAAUGAGGUGUGGAGAGAGAGAGGCAGCGUUGCUAUGGAGGUUUGAUACACCGGUCAGGAUAACCUCUUCAAAAACACGUGCCCUCCUGUGACAGGUGUGAUCAAUUCUCCCUGCUUUAAGUGGUAAACAGAGUUUAUUCUUCUCUAUGUCACAGGUGAUAUCUUUCUCUUUUUUAAAGGAAAAGGCUCAGACUGUAAACAAAGCUCACGAAAGGACCAAUACAAACAACCCAAAGAGCGAUCAGAUCGAUGAGUGUAGUUUGUGUGCUGCAUCUUAUUCAUUUAUGAUCUAUUAAUUCAAAGCACGCUAGUGAGCUGCACUGUUGUUGGGUGAAAUUUUACAUCAUUAAUGAGAAUAAGAUCAUUUUAAUCUACUAUGAAAGAGCAACUUUCACACUUAGUGCUCCAUCGGUAAAAUGUGUGUUCAUCCACAGCUGAAUGUAGUCCCUAAAACAAGCCUAAACCAUUUUUUUCAAGUGUUAAGAGCCCUAUUUGUCCGUUAGAGUACUAUUGAUAGGCAUUUGCAAAAAAAAAAAAAUUGUUUUUGGGGAAUAAAUAAAGAAAAAAUAUUAGAGAAUGAAGAAAAUUGCAAUGCUCCCUUGUUAAAGCCUCUAGAAACCUGGAUUGAAAUAUAAAAAAGAUCAAAGCUGUAUCAAAAUUUAAUGUCAUAAAGCAUCUACUAAAAUCCGAUGGAAAAUAAUCAUUCAGAAUUAAGGGAUUUUUCUUAUUUUAGUAGCAAAAGUUUCCCAAACUUUUUAGCCCACAAUCCCCAAAAUAAUAAUGCCAGAGACUGGGGAUCCCAACUGUUUGUGUUAAGUGCAAAUGUGUGAGACAUUUUGGAAAUACAUUUCUUUUCCUGUACUCAAGAAAUGCUGAGAUGCAUCGACAUUGGUCCCUUCUUGAGAUUUGUUAACAGGAAACAAAACUGAAAGUAUUUGUUACUUCCUGUUUUCUCUUUGCUGUUUGUAAAAAGCACAUUAUUUUUUUAUUUUGGGCACUAAAUGACAAACAUCACUUGAGGUUUUUAAAGCUAAAAUGAGGGAAAACUCACUAAAAUUUAAAAGUGGUUUUGUACUGUGGUUCACUCAUUUGUUUUUUGUGCAACAUUUUGAUACCCAUGAUG